AUGUCGACCCAAUCUCCCACACCAUUAACGCCUAAGGGUCCUCGAAACAAUCGCCGCAAUCAGAAGAGAUUCACAACUCCCUCGGCCGGGCAUGUAUCGACACUCGCAACACCUCCAUCAUCGCCACCUAGGGCCGUCAGCCCCAGAGAAGCCGCAACUGAUUCUUCAGGCACUAUCGCCUUUUCGAAGAAAAAGGGAUCUAGAUCUGCUAGAAAGCCCCAUGAUGGAUCUAAAACGUCCCCCGUUAGCAGGUCCGGCCAUCGCCAUACGUCGUCGCAAUCAAAUAACAUCAUCGCCACUCCUCAGUUGAAGGAUACGCAUUAUGCUGGUCCGACCUUCCACGCAUCGCCUGCGCCCUCAGCUCUACCAAUACCUAGUUUUUUCUCCGAGUCAUUUCCGGAAUCUGAUCUUGCACCUACGCUGGAACAAGAUAGCGACCAUCUUGAUGCUGAUGCUGAUUUCGAGAAUACUCCUUCGAAGCCCAAAUUGCGCCCGCAUGUUUCACAGGAACAACGAGAGUCCACGCCACUAGACUUUCUUUUCAAAGCUGCUGUCGAAGCUAGGAAGGCCCCAGCUCAGCAAAAUCCUGAAGAGAGUCCUCGUGUUAGAUCACCACAAACCGACUCCAAGGCAAUUCACCAACGCAAAUUCAAUAAUGAUACUAGUGGAAUGUUCACACUAGAAAUAGGAGGCUCAGAUUCUAAUCAAGCUCAGAUCGGGCCUUCUUUCGCGCCGUCUUACAAGGAUCGUAUGAAUGCUCUACGAUCGGCUAGCUCUCCGUCACCAAAUUUGCAGGACCUUGAUGAGAACCAACGAAAGGCUAAGACGGAAGCGCUGAAAAUCUUACUACUCAACCCUCGUCCGCAACGGCCAUCGUCUAUCUCCCAGUUGAACCAUGACCACUUCAGCCAAAAGCAAGAGCGGCCAAUCCUGAGUCCGAUGGUGCCGCAUUUUGCUACUCCCUUAAGAACUAGUUCAGGCCCGCCGGUCAUGGCCUCUUGUGGCGAACCGCCAAGCAAAGGACCGCCUCCAUCUGGGUUCAGUACACGCUCAGGCCCUCACCAUGUUAACCUUAAUUCCCCGCAGCGUCAGCAUCUCCCGGACCCUACUACCUUAGGAAACGGGGUACUUGCUUCCAACCCGGGAAAUACAACAAAAACUCCAAGACAAUUAUACGGCUCACCAUCCCUGACCUAUCCUUCUUCCAAAUUGUCAGCUCAUCAGCAGCAUUCAAACGACUAUCCUACUCUCGAUUCUAAACCUGCUUUCCAGAACCUUCCAGUCAAUGCAAACUCCCCUACCGUUGACACGAAGAAGAUGGAGGAUGAUUUGCGGCGGAUACUGAAGCUUGAUGUCAAUUCAAGUAUCCCAUCGAGUGGCAUUCAGAGCUCGCUUGCAUAG